AUGCCCAUACAGGUAUACAUGACAAGUCAGCCUUGCGCGAAAGCCAGGGCGAAGGGACUCAGGUACCGUAAGGUCGGCGACGAGUCACACGUCGACGAAUCACUGUUUGGCACCACUCACAAACGAGACGUCCUCAUCACUGGGAAAGAUAAUGUUAUGGCACUGCUGGCUGAGAAGAGAAGCCGUAGUUACGGGGCCUCCUCCGACACUAUCUAUCUUCCGAACGACGAACUCGAAAAAAUGAAGGAAAGGAGACAACGCAUGCUGGCUAAAGAGGCAGAACGGCGAAAGAAAGAAAUAGAGAAAAUGAACAACGACGACCCGACUCUCGAUUCGAUCCGUAGCAAGGCGACCGCGGCCAAAUACGAACAACGCGAUGAGGUCAAGAGAAUGAACCAGAUGAUCCUCCACAGCAAAGUGAAUACCAUUCGGGAUACUCAGAUUGAGCAGAAAAAGCAAUGGCAAGCCGAGGAAGAAGCAAUGGAGAGAAAGCUUGACCUCAUCAUGGACCUUGAUCGCAUUCGUGGCAUGCAUCAGGAGGAGGAAAAGGAGCAACGCCGGCAGCAAAAACUCAAGGCGCAGGCUGCCAUGAUUCGCACCCAAAUGGCGGAACGCGAGGCACGCAGAGAGCUCGAACUGGGCGAGAGAGAGCGCGAGCGGCAGCUUCUGGUGAACCAGAUGGAGGCGCUCCGGCUGGUGGAGCUGCAGACUAGACGCCAGAAGGAGGAGACGAAGCGCUUGCUCAUGAACGAAAUAAAUGCUCACAACGCGAAGUCCGCCAAAGAGAAAGAGGAACGCCUUGCGAAGCGAAUGGAAGAAGACCUGGCGAUUGCGGAGUACCAGCGUGAGAAGGCGCAGCGAGAGAAGGAGCUCGAGGACCGAAGACGCGAGAUGAUGGCCGCGAAAGAACGGGAAACCGCCGCGCUGUACGCCAAGAACGAGAAAGCCAUGGACAAACAAGCUGAAAUGGAUGCGCUACGCGCGCGCCGCGCAAUGGACGAGCGCGACAGACGCGAGCGGCUAAAGGUGGCGCAGGAGCGAGACCGCCUCGACAGGAUCAAUGCGGAGUUGGCGGAGGCGCGCAAAAAGCAACACUACGACAAGGUUCAGACUUUAGCGCAGAUGGCAGUUGCAGAGCGGGAGGAGUUUGAUCGCAUGGCGCGCGCGCAGAGAGAGAGCGAAGAAGCGGAAAAGAAGAAGGCUGCGCAGGAGCAGCUCAAGCGACAGCAGCAUGCAGAGGAACUUAGGAAGCAAAUCGAGGCGCACGAGGCGCAAAAGCUUCAGCGGAAACGCGAGCACAUCGAGGAGGCCAUCCGCCUCAAAAAGGAACAGGAAGAAGACAAGAAAAACCUGGAAACCAUCAAGGUAACGAAGACGGGGGAAAAAGCCAAAAAACCAAACGGGCAUCCGCCCCACACUGCCGGCGCAGCUCCUCGGCACCCAAUCCUUCUGGGCACACAGCUCCACACCAGUCUCUCCUUUCGCUAG